AUGUCUUACAAACAGGACUCCUUCUUUGCUCAAUUUAUGGCAUCACAAAGGAACUUUGCUUUCCAAACUUAUCUCUUAAGCAUGGACGGCAAGAACGAAACCUUUCAGCAAAUGCAUAGUAGUAAGGUGGUAACUGUAACAUUAGAAAAGUUGAGCAAUAUUCCAGAAGCACUGCAAGAGUUCAAAAACCACCAUGGGAAUGGAGCAGCAGAAAAUAUAAUGGAGCAAAUAAAAAUGGAAGAGAAAAAGGAGGGAAAACAAAGUUAUGAUGUAGACAGAGCAAGCUGUAAAUGGAAAUCAGAAAACAAUGAAGAACUAGCUGCAAAAAAAGGAGAAACAGCAUCAGAGACUGGCAAUCAGUUAAUCCCAACCCCUCAGUCUCUGAAUGGUCCUCUGAAAAGCCUAAUGGACGUAGAAAUGGAGUUGGUCUACACUGAUGAGACGGACAUCUCCUUCGAGUUUGCUCAGCCUGUGGUGUCUACCCAAACACAAUCAGUGCAUCGUGAUUCUGAAAAAGCAGGUGCUCCAAGUACACCUAAAAUCCACCCUUCGCCCCACAUCAACAAACACCUUCAGAUGACCCUCCAGCAAGCUAGCACUUGCUACAGGCAGAAGAACUACACAGCAGCAGUGGAGCAGUUCUCAAAAGCACUGCAGAUUUGCAGUGAAGGUGGUGCUACAGACAAUCCCUUUGAGUCAUCUUUUGAAGAUAUUUCCAGUAUUGCCAGUUUCAUUGAGACAAAGCUUGUAAUCUGCUACUUAAAACUGAGGAAACCUGAUGAUGCUCUGAACCAUUCACACAGGAGUAUUACCCUGAACCCAGCUUAUUUCCGGAAUCACCUGCGCCAAGCUGCUGUGUUUAGGUGCUUAAAGAGAUACUCUGAAGCUACAAGGAGCGCCAUGAUUGCUGACUAUAUGUACUGGCUGACAGGAGGCACUGAGCAGCAUACAAGCAAGCUCAUCAAACUGUAUUGGCAGGCUAUGUUUGAGGAAGCCAUCAGUGAAGUAUCAUUUUCAGUUAUGUAUACACCAUUUGUGACAGAAGUCAAAGCUGACAAAAUAAGCAAGAUAAAGGACAUGUUUGCUAAAGAGCGCCCUGAUUACGCGGAGCACAUAUAUGCAGAUCCUCGUGGAUUUCACAUCCUGCCACAGACAGCUGGGUGGCCAUCUCUGCCUUCCCAGAAGUACUUACUGACUCUGGGCUUUAGAAACAAACAUAUUGGAAAAAUCCUGGAAAGGUGGUCAACAAGAAUACUGCCAAUCUUUUCAGACCGGGAAACACCUUUCAGUCCUGUCACAGAAGAAGAAACAGUAAGAUAUUGGGUUAACACCGGGAAAAAGAUUGUGCCAGUAAUGGAUUUUAUAAGAAGCACCAAAUUAACUGACAAUCUCUGCCCGUGUUCACGUGGGAUAGAGAAGUUGCAUUACGCCAGCCUCCUCGGCCGUUUGCACAGAGACAAGGAACAGUACCAAGUGAUUAAUCAAGCAAUGGCUGAGCUAGCAACCGUUCCCUACCUGCAGGACAUCAGUCAGCAGGAUACCGAACUGCUGCGGUUGCUAAUGGCAGAUGCCAUGGACACCCUUGAAGGAAGAAGCAGUGAUAAAGGACGUGUGUGGAAUAAAAUUCAGAAGAUUGGACUAAUUGAAGACUACUUAUACCAAUUAGAAGACAAUUAUUUAGAGAACAAAAGGCUGAAAAGAGCUAGAGCAGAAAAAAUGAAGAGGACUCAAUUUACACAGCACCCAUACUGGGGAUACUGGAGGAUGAGGAAAUGCAGAACUUUCCCUUACUGACCCUAAAAACAUGGCCGACAGCAAACAAGAAAAUUAACACUGUAGGUAUUUGAUAGACAGGUCAGCAAAAGACACGUUUCCACUUCAUGAGCCUCCCCCUCACUAUAGGGUUCCUUUACCAAGACACACCCAUACUUCAUUGGUGUUGACUAGCUUGACUAAAUGUCUGUGAAAGGCUUAUUUAUAAUCAUCUUGUUUAUCUAAAUAGUAACACCCAGCCAAAAAAAAUCACUUGUAUUUUGUGCUCUGAGAAUAUUCUGCAUCCAAACUCUACAAAAUCCUGCUGGCUUGAUUAUCACCCAAGAGGCACCGAAAACAGGGAUCCCUCCAUCCUCAGCUAAGAAGAAUUCAGCCUCACAUCGCUUUCUUCCCAGGUUAACGCCUUACACUACAGAUAUUGAUACAAUCUAUAGGUGAAAAGUGGCAUCCUGCACCUUACGGCUGCAGCAACAAGUGCAAGACAAACGACACUACAAAAAGGAAAAAAUAAAGAAAGGAGCUCAGCUGUUCAAUGUGGUUAAGAAUGGAAAGUCCUUCGUUCUUGUCUGUGCCCUAAGGGUGAUUUUUCCACCCCCACCCCACCCUCCAUUAGAUGGUAACUGCUGUUUAAAAAAAAAUAAAUAUAUAUAUAUAUAUAUAUGCACAAGCACUCCAGAGAUGAAAAUAACCACACCCACCUUCCCCAGUGUAAAUCUCUUGGUUAAGGACCGGCCAUACAUCUGGCACUCCCAUGGCAGCAGUCUGUCACGUAGGCACAUCUUACAUCACUUUGGUCUUCAAGGAAGCACAUCCCAAAUCCCCUAAGCCCUGUCAUCAGUGAGCAAAGCCACGCACCUACUUUUCAACAGAGAUCACCUUAUCAGCUGGCGUUUGGCAGGUGCCCCUGGCUGACGUGCGUGGGCUGUUUUAAGGCUGGCAUUGCUUUUCCUUGACUGUGUUUAUUUUGUAAGAAAAUAACCUCACCCUAUAAAAACAGCAUUCAGAUCAUUCCGUUUUCUCCUUCAAGGGUGAUUUUUAAAUAAAAACAUAGAAAGAAAGGAAAAAUGCAACCCCCCAGUCCUAAGAUUCAAUUAAAAAUCCAGGACCUCAAAAGGUAUUUAGCUGCUAAAGUCCCGUUAUCUAUUUAUCACAGAAAGGAGUCUAAACCCUACAGAUUUUUAGGUGCUAGAAACCAUCCUCCUAGGCUCUCAUAAAAGAGUUUUGAGAACUCAGAAAGAACUAGCAAAAGCUUUGAUGGUCCUUUGUUCAUUGUUAACAGAAUAAGUGUAAAGAAAUAUUUUUGAGAAAAUCUGAGCUAGCCUGAGCUCCUUAAACAUGUGGGACAGAGAAACAAAGAAUUAUUGCCCUUUGGAGAUGGCAUUAUUUUGCUAUGGAGUUGGUUUUGUCAGAUGAAGUUUUAUGACACGUAGUGGCAAUCAUCCAUCUUUGAUGAGCAGGCACACACUAAAUCAGAAAGAGUGCUCCCCACGGAUCAUCAAGUCACAACACACAGUUUGGUAAAUCAUGAGGCUCUUAAACAAAUACUCUUAACUUGAUGCAAGCUGGCUUACAAUUCUGCAAUAUUUAACGCAAAAAUCAGUUCUUUUUGCCCAAAAUGAUGAGAAAGAAUAAAGCGCACUGAAAACAGGUGAUUGUUGGAAGCAAAAAAGCAACAUUGCUGAUGAAAAACAGUUGCCUGCGCGACAUGAGUGAGUUGAUCCAAGCGCACUGAGAAAGAUGUACCAGCCUCGUCACGGAGCUUCGCGAGAGACCUGGACCCGAGACAAGAUGUGACAUUUCACUUUUCAGAUAUCAAGUAGGGCGGAAAACCUGUCUUACGUCGCAGAUCAAUACGUCACUUAGAGAGAGAGAGAGAGAGAGAGGCCACAGCCCAAAUCAAUUUGUAAGGUGUCGGAAACAUCUCAGCCAAGCCCAGGCUGCAGCGCCCUUUAGCCUCCAGAACACCACAGCCUAAAGCACUUGUUGGGAGGUGAAGUCAGCUGCGAAACAACCCAAAGCAAACAUGAAAGGAGCCUCUGCCAUGGGGAGGGGCAUUGCCAUUUUCUACAAAUACCCACUGCAAUGCACAGAUUCCCAAAUCUGCACUGUAUUUUAUUCAGGACUCAGAGUCAGCCUUUACUCCAUGAAUAUACCACGUUUUGGCUGGACAAUGGGGAAGAAGUGGGGGGCUGGGGCGGGUGUGUGUGAAUUUCUGAUGCUUGCUGCAUGCAAUAUGGUUUCUAAAGCAUGAGAUUCACUAGGAUCACCCGCAAAAAUUAAACCACAUAAUAAUAUUUAACUUGCCUUUUGAAGAAAUGGCAGAAAGUGUUACAAUGAUCCUCUGGCUUCUUAGCUGGCAGUUUCUAUAGGGUGAUGACAUAUACCGUGGCUCCUCCCAUCCAGGAAAUAUUACCACAAGCUGGGCUUCAUUCCUGAUCCUGGUCUUCGUUAAAGGCCCAUUAAAACCAGCCUGGCCCGUGGCUGCUGGGGCUAUCGCGGUCCCGUACACAAGGGCACACCUCACACCACUCCCCAGGAGUUCCACUUUCAGGUCGCUUUUCUUUCAAAGACUAGUUUCCAAAUGAAUGAUGGCUGUUUGUUUCCCUCCAUCACAGAUUUUUUUUGUCACAAAAAAUGACUUAUCAGUUGACAGCUAGGUUCUCUGGCCCCAGGCAACUGAUGUCAGUCGAAACCACUCGAAGAAAAGCAAGGAACACUACACCAAUUUAAAGAAAGGGGGGAGGGAGGUAUAAAUAACCUCUCCCCUCAGACUGCCUCAUAAUUUUUCUGCUGGCUAUUUCAAUCCUUGCUUCCUUGCAAAUGCCAGAACUUCUGUACUAAGCCCUGGAAGGGACAACAAGCACAAGCAGUCAGCUCCUUCAGGUGCUGGGUGUAUGUUUACCACUGGAUUACAAUGUAGUUACAACUCAGAGAAGGCAGACCAGACAGCGGCUGGUCUCAAAAAAACGUUUUUCACUUUUGCUGUUUGUGGAGUCUCUUCCAUCAGAAGGGUACAGUAAAAACACAAGGUUGUGAUUCAAAGUGAUGGAGAAUGGGUCUAGAGCUGAAAUAUUAAAUAACGCAUUGCCAGAGGCAGAAGACAAGAUGCGCUUGUGACAUCCAGUGGUAGGGACUACAUGAGGGCACGUGGUAGCGGCACCCACUGCUAGGGACUGAGCAGUAGGCUGCUGUCGCUAACCUCCAUCUGUGGUCAACGAGAGAGACAGUACUUAGAAAAUAAUUUGGAGCACCUCAGCCACACUCCUGCCCUCUGCAAGUAUCUCCCUCUACCUCUGCUUUAUGUUAAAGGACGAGAAAAGAGUGGUCACAUCCAGUGUUCCUUCACAUUUGACCACACAGGUGGCAAACACCAGGGGACAAUCCACUCUGGGUGGCCUCCUAGGAGUUGGCAUUAAUACUUCUAAACAAACCACCGCUUAAAAAGUUGAGUCUUAUAUUAAGUAAUCUAGAAACUAAUCGUGAGCUUAUUGACACCAACGACACAGGAGGGCUCUUAGGCACCACACAGUACUUCCAAAAUAAAGUCCAUGGAUAAAAUUAGAAGAAACUACAUACACUGUAUUAUAUUUACAACACAGCUGAGAAGUGGUACAAAUGCAACGUGUUGCUUAUUCAGCGGCUAGAUGUGAUCACACAUCUCUAAUCUCCAAAGCCAGAACAACAGCAGGCCACAGUUUUACAUUUUUCCAUUUGAACUACAAUCAUUGUCACAAAAGCCAAUUUCACGUUGGGCUGUUUCCUGUUCUUGUUGCAAUUCAUCAUGAGAAGACACAAGAUCUAAGAUACCUGGCGAGGCGCAGUCCCUGAAUAAUACAGCGCAUUACUUUGACCUUUUCAGUUUGCUUUGUGGUGUGACUGGCCAACCGUCCUGUCCUCUCCUGUUAGCCACCCCAUUAACCUGGGAGGAGAAGGUGGAACGGACAGACAAUUAGCCAGCAGAAUACUAAAAAGGUUAAUGAAGGAGCGCAGAGCCCUGGCUUUCUUGAGCUUCAAUGAGUAUUAAGAUUCUGCAAUCUUUUUCCUCUUUCAAGGUCUCCAGUGAAAAAAAAAAAAAAAAAAAAAAAAAAAAAAAAGAGAAAUCGCACAAGAUGAACUUUGUUCUCAUUUCAGAUUAUAAUCAUGUAGUUCCUUUCAGAUGUCACACUUGGAUGAUUCUAGUUUAUGCGUGAAUAAACUGAGAAGAAUGUUUAUUUUUA